AUUCGCAUAAUAUCGAACAGCUGUACAGAUGUCACGAUCAGUCACAGUUUCUUGUUGCGAAUUAGAUUCUUUCCGUCUCUUUUUCGACUUUGUUCUAAUCUUUUCUACAUACUUUUCCUAUACAAACCUUGCAGAUUAAUCAGGAAAAAUGGCAGAUUAUUUGGACAACGAAGCAGAGGAGAGUGAGGAAGAGGAGGAACUCGAUCUUAACGAAAGGAAAAAACUUAAAAAAUUGAAAGCUAUGCACGACAGUGACGACGAUGAAGAUGAUGAUGAAGAUGAGGGAGAAGUCCCAGGGCUUAUUGAUGAUAAUCCAAUUGAUGAUAACGAUGGUGAAGACAGCGAUGGAUCAGAAAGAUCUGGAAAGCGUAAAAAAAGUGAUGAUGAAUUUGAUGAUCGUUUGGAAGAUGAAGACUAUGAUCUGCUUGAAGAAAAUUUAGGAGUUAAAGUUGAAAGGAAACGUCGAUUUAAACGUUUACGUAGAAUACAGGAUGAAGAAUCAGAGGAAGAAGAAGAAAGAGAGGCAGGUGAUGAAAGGGAUGCUAUUGCUAAUGAACUAUUCACAGGCUCUGGAGAAGAAGAUGAGGCAAGAAGUGAAGUUAGUCAUAGAGGAGAAGUUGAAGCAUAUGAUGAAGAAGAGAGUGAAGAUGAAGAUGAUUUCAUUGUGGAUGGUGAUGGUGUACCUAUAACUGAAAAAAGGAAAAAGAAGAAACCUAUUUUUUCGGACGCCGCUUUACAAGAAGCCCAAGAUAUCUUUGGUAUUGAUUUUGAUUAUGAUGAGUUUGAAAAGUAUGGAGAAGAUGAAUUUGAAGAAGAAGAAGAAGAAGAAGAUGAUGACAUUGAUUAUCUUCAUGACGAGGCCGAAGAUCGCCCAAGACGAUCGAAAAAGCUUUAUAAGAAGAAAAGUACAAGGAAAAGCAUUUUCGAAGUAUAUGAACCUAGUGAACUUAUACGUGGACAUUUUACGGAUGUGGAUAAUGAGAUCCGUACUACAGACAUUCCUGAACGUAUGCAACUUCGUACCGUUCCGAUCACACCAACAGCGGAAGGUUCCGACGAAUUAGACCUCGAGGCAGAAUGGAUAUACAAACAGGCAUUCUGUCAGCCCACAAUUUCAAUACAAGACGCUCAUUUAAAUGAAGAAGCCAAAGAAAGAGCUAAAAAGGGUCCACAAACUGUUGGAAAAAUUAAGAAAUCUUUGGAAUUCAUGCGUAAUCAAAACUUUGAAGUUCCUUUCAUCUCGUUUUAUAGAAAAGAAUAUGUUCUGCCAGAAUUAAAUAUCAACGAUUUGUGGAAAAUUUAUAAAUUCGACGCAAAAUGGUGUCAGCUGAAACAGAGGAAAGAAAAUUUGUUGAAAUUGUUUGAAAAAAUGAGAAACUAUCAGUUGGAUGAACUUAUGAAAAAUCCCGAUGCUCCGUUGCCUGAAAAUCUUCGGCUUAUUAAAGACGAUGAUAUCGAACGUCUUAAAAAUGCCCAAACUUUUGAAGAAUUGAAUGAUACUUAUCGACAUUUUAUGCUUUACUAUAGUCAAGACGUAUCAGCGAUGCAAGAGAGUUUGCGUAAAAAGGAGAAAGAGAAUCGAAAGAAAGCUAAAAUAGAAAAAAGAAGGCAACAAAUUGCAGAAGCUGAAGAAAAUGGAGAAGAUCCCCCAGAAGAAAUUGUUGGAGAUGAUGAUGAAGAAGAAGAGGGAGAUGAUUCAUUGAAACAACCAGUUAGGAAAGGUCCUUACUUUAUCUGUAAGAAGGCUGGUUUAGAUAGUCUUGCUAAAAAGUUCGGUCUCCCUCCAGAACAUUUCGCCGAAAAUCUUAGAGAUAAUUAUCAACGACACGAAGUAGACCAGGAGCCGAUAGAACCUGCAGUAAUAGCAAAUGAAUUUUGCUCAGCAAUUUUUAAGACAAGCGAUGAAGUACUCAAUGCUGUGCAAUUAAUGGUCGCGAUUCAAUUAGCGCACGAACCAUUGGUGCGUAAAUGUGUUAGAGAAAUGUAUAUGGAAAGAGCAAAGAUCUCCAUAAGGCCAACUAAAACAGGAAUGAAAGAGAUCGACGAAGGUCAUGUACUUUAUGGAUUAAAGUAUCUUAAAGAUAAGCCUGUACGAGAUCUUGUUGGUGAUCAAUUUUUAAAACUAAUUAUAGCGGAACAGGAUAAAUUAAUUACCAUUUCCUUUAGCGACACGAUAGAAGGGAAUACUACUAAUAACUACAUUGAUGAAAUAAAACAAUUAUAUUACAGAGAUGAAUUUAGUAAAAGCGUUCAAGAUUGGAACGCAUUACGAACUGGCAGCGUUGAAAUAGCUUUAAAUCGUAUUGUUAUACCGCAAUUAAAAAAGGAAUUACGAAAUAAUCUUUUGAUGGAAUCAAAGGAAUGCGUUAUGAAGGCUUGUUGUCGUAAAAUGUAUAAUUGGAUAAAAAUUGCUCCAUAUACUUGCGAAUUCCCCGAUGAAGAAGACGAGGAUUGGAAUACCAGUAAAGGUCUCCGCGUGAUGGGUUUGGCUUAUGUACCUGAUCCAUCUCAGUCUGCUUUUACCUGCAUGGUUUCUCCGGACGGUGAAUGUACAGAUCAUCUAAGACUACCACAUUUAAUGAAACGCAAGAACAGUCCUAGGGAGAAUGAGAAAAUGAUGAAGGAAGCUGAUUUAUUAGCAAUUAGAAAUUUUAUUGCCACAAAGAAACCACAUGUUGUGGUAAUUGGUGGUGAAUCUAGAGAAGCAUUAAUGAUAUCUGCUGAUAUAAAAGAAUGUAUUGCUAACCUAUCAGAAGAGGAACAAUUCCCUACUAUUCAAGUAGAAAUAUAUGAUAACGAGCUUUCUAAAGUUUAUGCAAAUAGCAACAGAGGAGUCUCUGAAUUCAGAGAUUACCCAGACCUAUUGAGGCAAGCUAUAUCUUUAGCAAGAAGAAUGCAAGAUCCUCUGUUAGAAUUUUCACAAUUGUGUAGCAUAGAUGAAGAAAUUAUGUGCCUUAAAUAUCAUCCUUUACAGGAUCAACUUCCUAAAGAGGAUCUUAUAGAAAAUUUAAAUUUAGAAUUUAUAAAUCGUAUAAACGAAGUUGGGGUAGACUUGAAUAGAGCGGUACUACAUCCUUACACAGCAAAUCUGGUACAAUUUGUAUGCGGUUUGGGUCCCAGGAAAGCGCAAGCUUUAAUUAAAAUCCUAAAACAAACCAAUCAGAGGCUAGAAAAUAGAACGCAGCUUAUAACAGCGUGUCAUAUGGGACCUAAAGUAUUUGUUAAUUGUGCUGGAUUUAUUAAGAUAGAUACGAAUAGUUUAGGAGACAGCACCGAAGCAUAUGUAGAAGUAUUAGAUGGGUCUCGGGUGCAUCCAGAAACCUACGAAUGGGCGAGAAAGAUGGCUGUAGAUGCUUUAGAAUAUGACGACGAGGAUGCAAAUCCUGCUGGUGCUCUAGAAGAAAUUCUUGAAUCACCAGAGAGAUUGAAAGAUUUAGAUCUGGACGCGUUUGCUGAAGAGCUUGAAAGGCAGGGUUUUGGAAAUAAAUGUAUUACUCUUUAUGAUAUAAGAGCUGAACUGAAUUCUAGAUAUAAAGAUCUGCGUAUACCUUACCAAUCUCCGAAUGCUGAAAAAUUGUUUGACGUUCUGACAAAAGAAACUCCAGAAACGUUUUAUGUUGGCAAAUUAAUCAUGGCAGCAGUUAUUGGAAUAAGUCAUAGAAAACCACAAGGAGAUCAAUUGGAUCAAGCGAAUCCUGUUAGGAACGAUGAGACUGGUUUAUGGCAGUGUCCAUUCUGCUUGAAAAACGACUUCCCUGAAUUAUCCGAAGUAUGGAAUCAUUUUGAUGCUGGUGGAUGUCCAGGAAAAGCAACAGGAGUUCGUCUAAGAUUGGAUAAUGGAAUAUCUGGCUACAUUCAUGUAAAAAAUUUGUCCGACAAACAUGUUGCUAAUCCAGAAGAAAGAGUACGAGUUGGUCAAGUAAUUCAUUGUCGCGUAAUAAAGAUAGAAGUAGAACGGUUCAGCGUCGAAUGUACCAGUAAAUCAAGUGACCUUCUUGAUAAAAACCACGAAUGGAGGCCACAAAAGGAUGUUUAUUAUGACACAGAGGCAGAAGAGAAAGAUAUAAAGGUCGAAGAGGAUGCUAAAAAAGCGCAGCAGAGGCAAACCUAUGUAAAACGUGUUAUAAUUCACCCCAGUUUCCAUAACAUAAGUUUCGCGGAAGUUGAAAAAUUAAUGCAAACCGUGAAACAAGGAGAGGCGAUAAUACGUCCAAGCAGUAAAGGAUCUGAUCAUUUGACAGUGACAUGGAAAGUUACUGAUAAUAUCUAUCAACACAUUGAUAUAAGAGAGGAAGGGAAGGAGAACACGUUCUCCUUGGGUCGCAGUUUAUGGAUUGGCAGCGAAGAAUUCGAAGAUUUAGAUGAAAUUAUCGCAAGACACAUUAACCCAAUGUCUGCGUAUGUUUCGGAACUAUUAGACUUCAAGUAUUAUAAACCAAAUGUUGAGGGUAUUAAAGAUAAAGCAGAAGAAAUUUUGAAAGAACAGAAGAAACAAAAUCCUGGUGGAAUACCAUAUAUUGUGUCUGCUUCUAAGAAUUAUCCUGGAAAGUUUAUGCUUUCAUAUUUACCACGAACUCGUUGCCGUCACGAGUAUGUAACUAUAACAUCGGAUGGAUUUCGAUUUAGGGGUCAGAUGUUUAGUAGAGUAAAUGAUUUGUUCCGUUGGUUCAAGGAACAUUUCAGAGAUCCUAUACCUGGACAGAGUACACCUGGUACUCCACAUGGAGCUAUGACUUCUAGAACGCCAUACAAUGGUACUCCAGGAGUCAAUGGAGUGAAUUCGGAUACGAUACAAAGGGUGGCACAGAGUCUGCCACAUCAUAUGCUACAUUCCCUUUCUAAAGUAGCUAAUCAAACACCACAUCAUUAUCCGCCGUAUACUCCAGGAGCUGCCAGCGUGAAUAAUUAUGGAAUGUAUGGAAGUACCCCUUAUACACCUUCAGGUCAAACUCCAUUUAUGACUCCGUACCAUACUCCGCAUCAUACACCUCACCAUCCACAAACACCUAGCCAUUCUCAAGGGCCGUUCUUACAACCAAUCCCUCCUGCCAUGAAUCCAAAUUCACACAGAACCGCGAGAUCACAUAGAUCCGUCCCUUCUGCGAGUGAUGCAACGAAUUGGUCAAAAGCAGCAGAAGCCUGGGCUCGUUCAAAACAGACUACUUCCAAGGAAUUUAAUACUACUCCAAGAUAUGACGAAUCUAGAAAAACACCUCGAAAUCAAGAAGCCCCUAAUGAGAGAGCGACUCCGCGUAAUAGAACCCCUUCCGCACGUACGCCGUCGUAUAAAUCUCCUAGAGGAACACCAUUCACAAAUUCUAGUCCUCGCAGUAUGUCUCUCGGAGAUGGUACUCCUUUGUAUGAUGAAAGUUGGCAAUAACAUGUUCUAUACGUAGUUAGGACAAUUAGUUACCUGAAGCUAUACUCUACUUUAUUAACAAAGAAAGGAGAUAAGUAAAUUGAAACAAUUAUUAUGUAUGAUUUCUUUCAAUGAACAUGAAUUGUUCUCUACGACGUUAAGUAUUUAUUAUGAGUACAAAUCAUACAUUUUUCUAUCAGUUUUUUUUUUUUCUAGACUUUUCUAAUGAAUUUUCAUUUGUGGCUUCAUCUAAAGACAUAUAAUUUGUAUAGACAAGUAACAGUAUGAAAUCAAUGGAAUUGAUUUAAUAUGGACUUCAUAUUUCAGUUUAGUGAAACAUUAGUUUCUAUUGCAGAUAUGUUCAGGGUUCUUUUUUCACUUAUACAUAAUAUUUAGAAUAUUCUACCUCAAUGAAUCUACAUUUUCAAACAAUAAUAAUACACAGUACACCUGUAAAAUAUAUAUAUAUAUAUGUUUGCUCAAUAUAACAAUUAUUUUGUUCCACAAAUCAUGACAUUCAAAUGGAAGUACUGCCCUAAUCAAGAGGUAUGCAUAAGUUUUAUUUGUACAAGAAUCAAUUUGAUACUAAUGUAUUACUAUAAGAACAUGCAAUUUCGACAUAUAUAUUUUACUAUGAAAAAUUAGUAAUAUUAAAUAUAUAAUAAGUAAAA